AUGGGCAAGAACGUACACGUCGAGUUUGGCGCGACAGAGGACGAAGUACUAGUCUGGAGUGACUUUACCUCUUGCAUCAAGAUAUGGUGUUUGAAAACUGGACGAGCGGUGGAGAUACGAGAUCCCAAAUUCCCGGGCAAAGAGGGUAGGGGAUGGGGAUACCGACCCGUUCAACCCACCACCGCAUCAACAGGCGGUGCAAGAGCAGGAGGAAGAAAUGUGCUAGCGUUACUAUGUCGCGCUGCGGGCAGUGACAUCCUCUUACUCCUCGCCCCUGGCACAUACACAGUGCUCAACCGCGUCGAGCUGCCUACCACGGACGUCGCAGGUCUAAAAUGGAGUCGCGACGGCCGCUGGCUCGCCAUCUGGGACGCCGCGUCCACGGGGUAUAAACUGCACAUCUACACAGCUGACGGCCACCUCUACCGCACCAUCACGCGCGAGACAUGCACCGUCGACGAUGACGACGACGACGUAAGCGAAUGGGACGUAGAAGGCCUUGGGGUAAAAACCCUAGAAUGGAUCCCUGGAAACGAGCGUCUCGCUGUCGGCGGCUGGGACAGACGCGUCCGUAUACUAUCAACCCGUACAUUCGCGCCCAUCAUGUUUCUCGAUCACACGCCCGUCAUCGAUGUUCCCACCGCACCUGUCUACAGCGAAACGAUUGAUAACACUGGCGCUAGGAGUUAUAUGCUUACACCUCAACCUGUCACACCACCCAAGGCGCCGCUCGACAAGAAUGAUACCGGGCUGUUGAAACAUGGCAUCGGACUCUUGUGCUUCAAUGCCAACGGCUCCAUGUGCGCUACCCGCGACGAUAGCACGCCGUGUACGGUGUGGAUAUGGGACUUGUGCAGUUUGAGGCCGAAAUGUAUUGCGGUGCAGUAUAGUCCUGUUAAGGCGCUGCUUUGGCAUCCAGAUCAUGCGGGAAGGUUGUUGAUACGCACGGCGAGGGAGGAGGCGGCUGUUUAUUUGUUUACGGAUGAUUCAGUACAACUUUCAUCUUCGCAGGAACGCUCGCAGACGGCACCAUCACCGGAGAUUCUCUCUUUAUCCUCACACAUGCGCACCCCUAAGCCAACGUCGGUACAACAACCACCACAAUCCCCAUAUAAGUUCACAACAUCCUGGCUCCCCACACCUCCACACAAGAAACCAGCCUUCUUCUUCGCCCACGAAUCCGCUUACGUGGUCGUCUGGCCAGAGGGCAAAGACGCCAUCUUACGCUUCAAACGUAGUGCCGCCACCACCACUACCAAUGGAGACAGUGUUGGUGGCGUUGGCGAGAUAGACGUGGACAAUGAGGGUGAGGGGUCUGAUGAUAGUUUGUAUGAGAUUUUAACUGGGCGGACGAAUCGGUGGAUGGAGAGUGCGGGUGCGAGUGGGGUGUUGGGGAGAAGUGGUGAUGGUGGUGAGGGCUUGGAUGUGGAUGUGGAUGGAGAGGAGGGGGAGGAGUUUGAGUUUGAGAGUAGUGUGGGUACGGUUAGGGGUUUGGAUGAUACAUUUAGGGGGAAGAGAGGUGUUCGUGAGCGUGAGUGGGAUGAGGCUGGGAUUCACGGGGAAGAAGAAGAAGAUGGACAAGAAGAGUAUAGCCAGGCCGACGCCGACGGCGCUGGUGUACUAGGCAACAGUGGUAUGAGCGAGAUGUUCUAA